AUGCUGAGUCAUCACGUAACGUCACCGUCUGGGGUGAUUCCAGAAAACGGCACAGCCAAGCUCACCCGAGCUCUCACCUUAUCACCUCAACUUUCCUCAACAAUCGCCCUACUCACCAUGAGCUCCGACAACGCCUCGCCGCAGGCAGGACAGCCGGACAAUUCCUCAAACGACUCCUCCCGAGCCCUCCCUGGCCAUAACCCUGCGAUCGCGAAAUAUAACAAGGUCAAGCUUCGACCAGAGUCAAUUGUGAAGCCUGAUCUUUUCACAUUGUACUUUGGAUUUCUCGGCACAACAACCUGGACAAAAAGUGUCGCGUACACAGUGAACGAGCGAGUGGAGAACCACUACGUGCUGACCGCACGACCCCCGACUCAAGAUGAAUUCGAUGCAAUUGUUGAGCACGGAACGAAACGCCUGUACCACGGACGGAUGGGCUUACCAAUCAGCUCAUUCCUCGGAACAGCAUUGCUCUACCGCCAAGCACGCAAGUCACCAAUGUUCCCACGCGAUCCCACGCCAGCCGCAUUGUUCAGUACGCUGCGCACCAUGUGGCUCGAUCCUACCCUCCGAGCCAACUUGGGAAAAGCGGCAUUCAGAAUGACCUUCAUCGUGACUCUCGGCGUCAUGGCAUCGAACGCUUAUGCCGUUUCCAGAGAUGCUAUGCAGACCUUGACGGACCCGCGAUUGAAAUUGUUUAUCGAGGACUUGCGCAAGGCGAACCCAGAGGACGUGCGGAAGCGCAAGAUCCAGGCUGCUAAUGAGCGUCGUCGCAGCAUCCGCAGUGGUGAGCAGGAUUUCGGAUCCCGGAUCAUGGGAUCGUCUAGUGGAUAUGCCGGCGGCGAGGAGUACCAACAGGAGCAGGCGUCUGAUUCUUCUCCGCAACCAAAUUCUUACUCUGAAUACGUGAACUCAAAUGAUACCACGGGGAACUCUCAGUCUGCUUCGUAUGAGUCGUCUACGUCGGGUUUGAAUGCUGGUGCGGUAUGGGCACGCGGUAGGAGUACUCAACCCGAGUCAAAAUCGGCUUUGGACAUCAUGGAUGAGGACGAUGCUAGCCCCACAGCUGCGGAGUACCGGAAUACCAACAUUGAUGGGUCUGGUAGUGCUUGGGACCGGAUUAGACGACAGAAUGCCGCAGCACGCCAGCCUCGACAGCAACCUGGCAUGUCACAAUCUUCACCGAACCAUUACUCUUCAUCUGCUGAGUUUGGUCAGACUGACCAAGAGAAGCAUGCCUCGAGUCAGAAGACCGAGAGGGAUAUAGCACAGGCAGAGUUUGAUCGCAUGAUUGAGGCGGAGAGGAACACUGGUAGUGAAGGAUCACCUCGAAACCGAGGUUGGGGAUCUUGA